GCCGCGCGCCCGGUGGACGAGAUUGGCUCCCUCCAUCGCCGCGAUGAGCGACUAUCGACUGCGCCUCCUCCCUAUCGCCCUUCCUCCUCCUCCUCCUCCUCGGCCGUGUCCCGUCGCCCACCAUGUCGUCGAGACACGUUCUCCCGCCGUCGCUGCUCGACACCGAUCUCUACAAGUUCACCAUGCAGCAAGCCGUCCUUCGCCACUUUCGCGACGUCCAGGCGACCUACCGCUUUACCCACCGCGACAAGGAUGUCCCCUUCACCCGCGAGUGCAUCGACGCCUUCCGUGACUCUGUCUCCAAAUUCGGCGCGCUAAGUCUGUCAGACGAAGAGUGUGCCUGGCUCAAGGCCACCUGCCCGUACUUCUCCGACGAGUACCUCCACUACCUCCGCCAGUACCACUUCAAGCCCGAGCAAGUCGCCAUCCGCUUCGUCCCGCUCGAGCACGAUGCCAACCUCGGUCAUCCCGAGAUUGAGGCCGUCGGCCCGUGGCUCGAGACUAUCCUCUGGGAAGUCCCGCUCAUGGCCUGCUUGAGCGAGCUGUACUUCAAUGUCGUGGACACCGAUUGGAACUAUGCCGGACAGGAAGAGCAGUCAUAUGCCAAGGCUGAAGACCUCAUCAAGGCGGGCUGCUCCUUCAGCGAGUUCGGCACUCGCCGGCGGAGGUCCUACCACAACCAGGAUAUCGUCGUUCAAGGACUCGUCCGCGCGACCAAGGACUUUUCUGGACCGGGAAAGCUGACUGGAACGAGUAACGUCCACCUCGCGCGUUUGCAUGGUCUCUCGCCGGUUGGAACGAUAGCUCACGAAUGGUUCAUGGGUAUCGGCGCGUCGAAGGGUUACGAACACGCCAACGGCAUCGCGCUCACCCUCUGGGAAGAGGUCUACCCAAACGCACUACAACUCGCCUUGACAGACACUUUCUCAACGGAGGUCUUCUACAAGGACUUUGUCGAGGACCCAGAGCGUGCAAGGAGGUGGAAAGGCCUGCGCCAGGACUCUGGUGACCCGUUCAUCUAUGCACCACGAGCCAGAGAGAUCUACGAGUCACUUGGCAUUGAUCACCGCGAAAAGAUAAUCAUCUUCUCCGAUGCACUCAGUGUCGAGAAGGCCAAGAAGCUCAAGGCUCAAUGUGACGAGGUGGGCUUCACCGCUUCGUUCGGAAUCGGUACGUCGUUCACCAACGACUUCAAGAAGGCGUCGAGCGGCGGCACGGAGAAGAGCAAGGCGCUGAACAUGGUCAUCAAGCUGGCGGCCGUGGAUGGCAAGCCUUGCGUCAAAAUCAGCGACGAGCUCACGAAGAACACCGGCGAUCCAGAUAUCGUCAAGCUGGUCAAGCAAAUCUAUCAUCUUCCUUUGUGAUGAACUGCAUCUCCGUGUUAGACACUAGACGUCGUGGCUGGUAUAGAGUUGUAUCCUGAUGAACCUAGAAGCUUGUACGAGAAGUUUUACGAGAAGUUGUAUACAAGAGUGCCGUCAGUUGAACCCC